CCCAAGGGGGGGAGCUAGGCCCAAGUGACUCUCACUCUCCCCCUUCUUCUCAGUCUGCCGUUACGCUCUCACUCUCCCUCUCUCUCAUUCUCUUCUAAGAACGCUCUGUAAAUCAUCGAUUUUUGCGAAAUACAACCGUUGGAUCUUAGAUCCGACCACAUUUUCACCGUGAAAGCAACCCCGAUCUACGGGAAGCCGGGAGAUGUUUGAGGGAAUUCCAAAUCUUCAUAACACUAUUUUGUAGGUUGGCGUCAACUUUGACGGUAAGAGUCAUGGUAAACGAUUCUACUACGUGUACCUUAGGCACGCUCCGGUUAUGGCAUGUACACCUCAUCUCAUGGGAAUUGGGCAUGGGGAAGUUUGAGUUUCUUUCUUAUGUAAAUUAGAAAAUUCUGAAUAUUGUAAGCAUAUGAUGAAUGUUGGCCCAAUGGGUGCUUCUAUUUCGAUAUAAAUAUGAUGGUAAUAUUUUUGUUAUGUAAUUGAAAUGUUCAGAUGUCAAAGGAUUAUAUGUAUUGCAGGUUUGCUAUCCCCUAUUGGAGUCUUCGGCUUCUUAGGGGAUAGUGCUGGUCACAGUCCCAGAUUUUGGGUCGUGACAAAGGUGGUAUAAGAGCUUAGGCUUUAGAACUUUGGGAAAUAAAAUGGAAAUGAUGUGACACGUGGGUAUAUGAAUAAGGGGUUAAACACUUUUACAUGCAUUGUAUUGCAUACACUGUAAACUGGAGCAAGUUUUUGGCAAGAUAGGUAUGAAUAUGAGUCGCAACAUAUUCACAACCUUGCUCUGCCAAGGACUCUAGGUCCCUUACGCAUAUCAUGAUUUUGUGUAUGUGAAGUUCUAUUUUAUUUGGCAUAUUAUUUUGUUCUAUAUGGUAAGACAGUCUGAAUGUUGUAUAUAGGAGAAUCAUGCCUCCUAGGACACGAAGUUAUAUGUGAGUUAGUGAUUAGAAAUUGAGGUUUUAUAGUAGAGCUUGAAGCCAUAUUUUUAGCCAUAAAUGUUGGCAUUAAGUGAUGAGCAAUUAGUCACAGAAAUUGAGGUUGCAGAGCUGUGCCUGAGCAUAGAUUUGGGGCCGAGAGAAAUUUGUUUUGGCUUUGAGGCAUUGCGUUAGUUAGAAGUGUUCAAAUUUUGGUCCGAAUUAGGGCCGGUCACUAAGUGGUCUGGUCCUCUGUCUGUCUAAAGGCCCCAAUCGGUUUUCGAUUUGAUCCAAGAUAAAAAAAUGUUAAAAAUAGUGAUGUAUAUAUAAAAAAAAUAUUAAAUAUUAUUGUUCUGCUGUGAACACUACUCCUAAUGGUUAGUAUAAUUUUCUUUAGUGUCUCAAACCAAUUGAUUGAUGUCUAGUGUUACUGAUGAAGGCCAUUGUUUUUUUUGGUCCUACAAAUAUCAAAUAUGAUUACAGUUGGUUGGUGUCGUAAUUGAUCAAUUGCUGCCAUAUGUUAGUUUAUAUGUUAAUGAUAAAAAAAAGGUAGAGUAAAAUUUAUAAAUAUAUGUUGGUCUUACAAAUAUGAUUAUGUUUCUGUAGCAGCAGAUUAAAUUGAGGAAAAAAAAAAAGGGGAUAACAUGUGGUAGGCAGAAGUUCCUGAGUCAUGAGCUGCAAGAUAGGCCUAAUAAUUUAUUCAUAAUUAGGGUAAGGUAAAUUGCACCUAAAUUUUGUGUUAUUUGUAAGAAGGUUUUAUGUUAUUUUAAAAUGUCUUUGGAGGUUUUUGAAGCUUGUAUUUUUAAAAUUUUAAGAAAUUUCCAUGUAAAUAAAUAAUUCAAAUUCAAGGGGUUUAAGUGAAAUUUACCCUAACUAUAAAUGCAAAUAUAAGUAUAAAUAUAAGAGUGGUGAGAUGGCAUGUGGAAGUAGUGUUGCAAUAUUGACAAGUGAAGGGGAAGCAGUGGAUGCUGGUUUCAAAACCAUGAGUCAAGUGAAGGAGAUGUGUUGGGUCCAAAACCACAAGUAUUGGUGUGGCUAUGACGAUUGCCAAAUAUAAGCAUAAGGAAAGAAAAAAAAGAUUAAAUUAGUUAUGUAUGUAACUUUAUUUUAAUUUUUUUUUAUCAUCGUAGAAAUCUUGAUAGAAAUCAUUUAAAAUUUAUAAUAUAAUAAUAAUAAAAUAAGUUAAUAACAAUAAAUAUUAUAAUUUUCAAAGUAAUCAACAAAUUAUUAUGUUUCACAGUCCACAUUAGAUAUAGGGUUGGUAUUAAAAGUUGAAGAAAUGUACCACUCAAGGAAACGACAAAACAAAGACCAAGUUAAAUUGAGAACAUUAUAUCUAAUUUAGUGAUGAAACAAAUGAUGAAUUAGGGGUGUUAGGCAUUCCUAGCUGUGGUACGAGAGACCCACGAUGCAAAGGGUGAGUCAGGGUAGGUAUCUGUAGUGAGUGAGUAUCUGGAUGUUUACCCGAAGAUUUGCCGGGACUACCUCCGGAACAUGAUAUAGAGUUCUAUAUAGAUUUGGCUCACGAGACUCGAUUAAUUUCGAUACCUCCGUACCAUAUGUCUCCAGCCGAGUUAAAGGAACUUAAGGUACAAAUUCAAGACCUUUUAGACAAGGGCUUCAUACGCCCAAGUACCUCACCAUAGGGAGCACUUGUGCUCUUUGUGAAGAAGAAGGAUGGAUCCAUGAGGCUUUGUAUCGACUACAGACAAUUAAACAAGGCCACUAUUCGAAACAAAUACCCAUUACCUCGCAUAGAUGAUUUGUUUGAUUAGUUGCAAGGGGCUCAAUGUUUUUUAAAGAUUAACCUUAGAUCGGGUUAUCACCAACUUCGUAUUAGGGGAGAUGACAUCCCUAAGAUUGUCUUAAGGACUCGUUACGGCCAUUAUGAGUUUUUAGUGCUGUCCUUUGGCCUUACGAAUGCUUCAGCGACAUUUAUGGACCUCAUGAACAAAGUGUUUAAAUCAUACCUUGAUCGCUUAGUCAUUGUGGUUAUCGAUGACAUAUUAAUUUACUUGAGGAGCCAAGAGGAGCACGAGCAACACCUCUGGGUAGUGCUUUAGACUUUACGAGAACAUAAGCUAUAUGCUAAGUUCUCGAAGUGUGAGUUCUGGUUGGAUAGCAUGGUGUUUUUGGGCCAUGUGGUGUCCAAGGAAAGCAUCAUGGUAGACCCUAAGAAGAUUGAAGCCGUGGAGAAGUGGUCUGGGCCUACCUUAGCUAGCGAGAUAUGUAGCUUCCUAGGUCUAGCAAGUUAUUUCUCAAAGAUAGCAGGUUAUCACUCGUGCACCAAUCAUAUGGUAGUCAGACCAACUACUUCAAGCAAGCAUAGAUGUAGGCACUCAAGUACUCUCGUCCCACACCCCAUGGGUAGCUCCAAUGGCAAGGGCAGGAAGUGAACAUGUUUGAGAUCUCAAGUUCGAAAUCUCUAGAAGGCGUUAUAUGGAGAUUAAACUAUGAUUUACCUAGGAGUGGGUUGGGGUGAGGCCCAACUCCCCCAAGAAUAGUGGGCUGCAAGUUCUGACACUUGGGUUAUUAAAAAAAAAAAAUACUCUCAUCCCAAAGAGACCGAAAAAGUGAACUAACCACUGUGUCAACAAAAGGCAACGUCAAUGGAUGCUCAAGCAUCAAUCCUCCAGUAACGUUGUGGACAGGCCUAAAAGGAAUAAAUGUCAGUAUGUAGGAGUAAAUUUUACACAUUACCAGGCUGUCAAUGACAUCUUCUGGUAUGUCAUGAAAAUAAACCUGUACCAUAUGAUAGCAAAUGCUCAAUCGUCCAAAAGUCAAAAUCAUAAUUGAAGUCAUAAUUCACAGUGGUUAGUUCACUUUUUCUACUAUUAAUUUUUUUGUUUUAAAUUUCUACUUUUAAGUGUGUCCAAUAAUCACUCAGAUCUUAUGUAACCCACAACACUCAAAUUUAAGACACUUUUGUCUUAAUAUAAUUUAUAAUUAAAAAUUAAUACAAACAUGGCCUUCACAAGCUACUUAGUUUUAAAGUGUAAUCUUUCUCAUUUGACAAAAAAAUUAAACAGUAUAACGAUUAUAAGAUGAAUUGUGAAGAUGAGAUUGUAGAUUGUAAAAGGGUGUUUGGUUAAAAUUAAAAAUUACUUUAAAAUGAAGAUAAAAUCAGAAAUUUGAAUUUUAUGCUGAAAUGCAGUGUAGAAGAAAGAUAAAAUUACUAUCGACAAAAUUAACCUCAAUGGACUUUCAAAAUUAGAACCAUUGCUUUAUUUUGUGUUGAUAACAUUAACCUUAAUAAUUUUUUAAAAGUCCAAAUUUUCCCUUGCAUCAAUUAUACUCGUCUUUUCCUUAAAAAGGUAUAAAUGGCAUUUUUUAAUAUCUUUUCAUUCCAUUCAUUUUCAUUCUUUUAUAGAAUAAAACAGAUUUCAUUACUUUCCACCCACUACUCUCCCAGACAAGAAGAAAAUAUUUUGCUCUCCAUAUCACUCAUUUCUAUUCCAUUCCAUUACUAAAUAUUUACACGAUCUGAACCUACUAAGAAAAUUCCAUAACACAGUGUGUGGGUGAAUUAUAUUAUGGUGGUAAUUGUUGCAUUCAUAUCUCCGAGCAUCCAAUAUUCUAUAUAUUCUAUUCACAGUUUCAUUUCUCAAUUGCAUCCAAGAAAGUAUAAUUCAUUUUGUCUGAUCUACGCAUAUUAACACUUAUCGUUGAUUGCAUUUCUUCUAAGUUGCAUUUGGGAAGAAUAUGAUUCAUGUUAUCGUGAACUGUGAAAGUUGAUACUUAUAUGUGAGAUGUUGCAUGUGGCACUUGUUAAAGCUAAAUGAUAGCAUAAGAUGUGUAUUUAAAUGGAACAACUGUUAGAACCUUGUGUAGCUAAUCACAGUAAAUGUUAGUCGUCGGUGCACCACGUAUACUUUAGGGUGUGAGAGGUUCCACCCUUGUUGGCAUGAGAGGUUCUGCCAUCCAUGUUCAGUUCAGUUUGUUGGUGUGGGAGGUUUCGCCAUCCAUGUUCAGAUUAGGGUGUGAGGUUCCACCCUUGUUAGCGUGAAAUGUUCCGUUGUUAUAAAUAUGUGAACUAUGGUUCUAACUUCUUGCCCUAAAUGUGCAUGUUUAUUCAUCAUCUCUUAUAUUGUUAUGAUUACUAUUGGGCAUGACAUGGCAUGAUGAUUACUCUUUGAUGCAUUGAUUCUAAAUUCCCCCCAUUAUGAUGCUCUUUACCUCUCACUAAGCCAGUGGUAAGUUUAUCUCUUAAUAUUUCAGAUUUUGUAGGUUGGCAUCAAUUUUGAUGAUAAGAGUUGUGGUAAGCGAUUCUACUACAUAUACCUUAGUCAUGUUCCGGUUACAACAUGUACACCUCACUUCACGGGAUUCGUGCAUGGGAAGGUAUUGUAAUGGAAGCCAAGUUCUUUCGAUUCCUGAAAAUUGUGGGUGUUGGUUUCAAGGCUAGAGCUGAAUCAGAAGGCCGUCUAUUGUAUCUCAAACUUGGUUACAGCCAUGAUGUUGAACUGACUGUACCCCCAGCUGUGCGAGUGUUCUGCUUCAAACCCAACAUAGUUUGUUGCACUGGGAUAGACAAGCACAGAGUGCACCAGUUUGCUGCUGCUGUACGUAGCUGUAAACCUCCAGAAGUUUACAAAGGGAAAGGCAUAAUGUAUAUUGAUGAAGUUAUCAAGAAAAAACAGGGAAAGAAGUCAAAGUGAUCAUCAUCUUUUCUUUGGACUCAAAAUAAUGCCUUUUUGUACUAUUAUCAAUUUUACUUUUACUUCGAAUUCUGAAUUGGUACUUUUAAGAUUCAGCCUGGGUGUUUUUGGGCUCAUUCUUCAUACUUGUACAUCACAUUAUCACUUAGGGUUUUAAGGGCAGGCUUUAGUAAAAUCUUGAUUGAUAGCGAUGAUAAUGUUGUCUCCUUGUGACUGGAAGGGUCACAGUUCAAAUUGUGAAUAUAAUAAUUUUUGCAAAACAAGGAUAAGCUUGUAUAUGGUAUAAAAUUUA